CUGGAGACUCCCGUCAGUAGGUGGCGGUAGCGGCCGCCCGCGAAGCGUCGAUUUAAAUAGAAGGAGACACACUGAGCUGACCGAACUGAGGAGAAGUCGCAGGCUCACACACACUCACAGGGUAAAGAUGCAGACACCAGCGGGGUCGAUCAUCCACAGCGGCUACUUCCACCCGACACUCCGAUACUGGCAGACCUGCGUUGCAGAUUUAAGACCUGACAAUCUCAUCUACCCAAUCUUCAUCACAGACAGUGCGGAUGCAGUGGAGCCCAUCGGCAGCCUGCCAGGACAGGCCAGAUAUGGGGUGAACAAGCUGGAGGGAAUGUUGCAGCCGCUUGUGGACAGUGGCUUGAAAUGUGUGCUGAUUUUUGGUGUUCCGGCAAAAAUAGCAAAGGAUGACACGGGUUCAGGUGCAGACACAGACGAUACGCCGGCUGUUCUGGCAGUGAAGAAAAUCCGAUCUUUGUUCCCAGAGCUGCUGGUGGCGUGCGACGUCUGCUUGUGUCCCUACACGUCACAUGGACACUGUGGUAUUCUGAACGAUGACGGUACUCUGAACAAUGACGCCAGUUGCCUACGUUUGGCAGAAGUGUCGCUUGCCUACGCGCGGGCCGGCUGUCACAUCAUCGCCCCCUCGGACAUGAUGGAUGGAAGAAUCGGAGCUAUAAAACAAGCACUGAUAGCCAAUGGUUUGGGAAACAAGGUGGCAGUGCUGAGCUACAGUGCAAAGUUUGCCUCUUGUUAUUAUGGUCCUUUCCGAGAUGCUGCACAGUCCAAACCUGCGUUUGGGGACAGACGCUGCUAUCAGCUGCCUCCUGGAGCGAGAGGACUCGCCAUUCGAGCUGUGGAGCGAGAUGUGAGAGAAGGAGCUGAUAUGCUGAUGGUGAAACCAGGUCUGCCAUACUUGGACAUCGUGAGAGAGGUCAAGGACAAGUUCCCUGCUCACCCCUUGGCGGUGUACAACGUGUCAGGGGAGUUUGCCAUGAUGUGGCAUGGAGCGCAGGCUGGAGCGUUCGACCUACGGGCUGCUGUGAUGGAGGCCAUGACCGCCUUCCGCAGGGCAGGUGCCGACAUCAUCAUCACCUAUUACACACCUCAGCUGCUAAACUGGCUCAAGGAGUAAAGAACGCAGAUCUGAAGCCAAAGGAUGAAUGGACCUAGAAACGGACCAACAGACAGACUCCUUUAAAACCACACUUGCUGUAGACUCAACCAUACUAACAAAGAGCACUAAAGGAAAUAAAUGUAUGAAAACAAGUAAUCUGUUCAAUUUUAGGCCUUUAUUCUAGGGUUUUCUGUGCAGUUUUGUGCUAACAAUUCAGGUAGAGGGCUGUACGUUUAUCUUUGUAUUGCCUGCUUUGCUGCAGUGGUAAUACUUAGAAGAAAAAAUAUAGCUUAAGCUAUAUUUUUUUCUUUUAAGCUUUUGAAAGGCUACUAAUGAGCUUAACAUUGAAAAUGCUAAAUUUGAUAACCUUGUUGGUGUUUUUGAGCAGAAGAUGUCUCCUGUGUGUCAUUGAGGUCAGCAUUAAGUGAAGUCAGUCAUCUCAAUAAACUAAUAUGAUUAUGAAAUGUAUAUUUGUAUGAACCUGGGCCCCGCAAAUGUCUGAUAUAUAUGUGACUGCUGCCUCAGCUGAUGCACGGUCAUCCCCUAACAAGCUCUUAUUUACUGAAGGAAAUAAAAUCUCUCAGAGCUACAAGUGUGUGUGUGUGUGUGUGUGUGUGUGUUUAAAGUAGUUGCAUGCUGCUUAAUGAGUCCCCCUUGGGCCUGGGAAUGCUGCAGAACAUGUCACAACUUAACCACUGCUGUAUUAAAAACUUUCACACCUCUUAUUUGUAUAGACAAAGUACCUAAAAACAAAGUCUACCAU